UCCUCCCUCUCUCCCUCUCUCCCUCUCUCUUCUCUGCAACGCAGCGGCCGUGCUGACGCUGGGCAAGGAGUGCCUUUUUUGACCGCUUCUGCCUCCCCUCUCAUCUCCCAUCCUGCGCCGUACCAACGCUACACGCUGCCGCUGUACUGCUACACUACUCCACUCGUCCCACAACCCCCUACACUAUCGCCACUCCCCACUCCACUCCACUCCACUCCGCUACGCCUCGCCUCGCCUAGCAUUGUCGCUCCGUGGUAGGAGCGUGCGCGUGAUCUGAGGGGGACGGUGCUGCGUCUGCGAGGUCGGAGAGGAGGCGCGCGAGAUGGCCGGAGGUGGAGGGGGAGGAGGCGGCGGCGGGGGCCAGAAGCAGGACGACCUGACGCCGCACCCAGUCAAGGACCAGCUCCCGGGGGUCUCCUACUGCAUCACCAGCCCACCACCAUGGCCUGAGGCCAUUCUCCUUGGGUUUCAACACUAUCUUGUCAUGCUGGGAACUACUGUUAUCAUACCUACUGCACUCGUUCCGCAGAUGGGAGGAAACAAUGAGGACAAGGCAGUUGUCAUCCAGACAUUGCUGUUUGUGGCUGGAAUCAACACCCUUCUGCAGAGUUUCUUCGGUACCAGAUUGCCUGCGGUGAUUGGUGGAUCGUUCACGUUUGUUCUGCCUACCAUCUCGAUCAUCCUUGCAGGACGUUACGCCAAUGAACCAGAUCCGCAUACAAAAUUCCUCAAAAUCAUGCGUGGAACACAAGGUGCUUUGAUUGUUGCCUCUGCACUACAGAUCAUAGUUGGCUUCAGUGGCCUUUGGCGUAAUGUUGCAAGGUAUCUGAGUCCAUUGUCAGCUGCUCCUCUGAUAGCACUAGUUGGAUUUGGACUCUAUGAGCUGGGUUUUCCAUCGGUUGCUAAGUGUGUUGAGAUUGGUCUGCCCGAAUUAAUCCUCCUGGUGAUCUUUGCGAUGUACCUGCCACAUGCUGUACACAUGAUGAGGUCCAUCUUCGACCGAUUUGCUGUUCUGUUCACUAUUCCCAUAGUGUGGCUCUAUGCGUAUCUGCUGACAGUCGGAGGAGCAUACAGGAAUGCAGCACCAAAGACCCAAUUUCAUUGCCGCACUGACCGUUCUGGACUAAUUGGUGGUGCACCAUGGAUAAGAGUGCCAUAUCCCUUUCAGUGGGGUGCUCCAACGUUUGAUGCUGGUGAAGCUUUUGCAAUGAUGGCUGCCUCAUUUGUUGCUCUUGUGGAGUCUACUGGUACCUUCAUUGCUGUUUCAAGAUUUGCAAGUGCCACACCUCUCCCGCCCUCUGUACUUAGCCGUGGUGUUGGUUGGCAGGGUGUUGGUAUCCUUCUGGAUGGGCUAUUUGGGACUGGAAAUGGGUCUUCUGUAUCAAUUGAAAAUGCUGGGUUGCUAGCCUUGACACGUGUUGGUAGCCGAAGAGUUGUGCAGAUAUCAGCUGGUUUUAUGAUAUUCUUCUCUAUUCUUGGAAAAUUUGGAGCUGUCUUUGCAUCAAUACCUGCACCAAUCUUUGCUGCUCUCUACUGCGUGUUCUUUGCAUACGUUGGUUCUGCUGGGCUUGGUUUCCUUCAGUUCUGCAACCUCAAUAGCUUCAGAACCAAGUUCAUCCUGGGGUUCUCACUGUUCCUGGGCCUUUCAGUUCCUCAGUAUUUCAAUGAGUACACAUCCGUCGCUGGUUUUGGCCCUGUUCACACCCGCGCAAGAUGGUUCAAUGACAUGGUGAACGUGCUCUUCUCAUCAAAGGCUUUUGUUGGUGGCAUUGUGGCAUACGUGCUGGACAACACCCUUCACAGGCAUGAGGCUACUGUCAGGAAAGACCGUGGGUAUCACUGGUGGGAUAAGUUCAGGUCAUACAGGACUGACACAAGGAGCGAGGAGUUCUAUUCCCUGCCAUUCAACUUGAAUAAGUUCUUCCCCUCGGUUUGAGCAUACUGUGAUUAAUGCAAGACGCUAAGGUUACCUGUACUGUCUGUCCAUCCCUACCUAUCUGGAACAGCCAAACCAUUGGGCUCGGUAACAAGGUGCGAAUCCAACGGUGCAAACAUAGUGUUUCAGUGCCUUGCUAAAACCAUCGUCCUAUGUUAGGCCAGUGCUGUAUAUUUGGUACUCUAUUCGGGGACAAAAAAUACUCGCUCUGAUCCAUAAUAAGUGUCAUGGUUUUAGUUUAGAUUUGAACUAAAACCAUGACCCUUAUUAUGGAACGGAGGGAGUAGGAAUUUUUUGGCAACUCAUUUGCAUAUGGAACAGCAUGCUGGUUCGGUACAAGUCUCAUUUCAGAAGUGAGGCCAGUGUAUUGACAGCUAUUGUAGUGCUGCUGCUGUAGGGAUAUUACUAAUGGAGCUAUAAUAUGUAUGUAGGCUUCAGUAGAAGUGUAGAACAAUGAACUGGUAUCCUUUGAGGCUGGUACUCUGCUUGUUAUGCUAUGUUGCAGUGGGGUACUAUUGAUGUAGACUUGAGAACGGAAUGGAGGUCGUUAUGAUUAAUUAAUUUUCCUGCUAUAGAA